GGAUCUGAGAAUUGCUCUUACACACCAACCCAGCAGCGUGCGUGGACCAAACUCAUACGAGCAACUCCUUUAAAACACCGUCAUUUCAAACCGUUGUGGUCUUUAAGUAACAACAACAGAAAAACAAACCCCCCAAAAACCAAAAACCAAAAAACCCCAACCAAACAAAACUCUUGACAGGAGCUUUGACAACGAGCGAGGAUGCCUCAUCAAGGGGGAAGACUUUAACUAGGGGCGCGCAGAUGUGUGAGGCCUUUUAUUCUAAGAGUGGACAGACAUCACAGAUUUCAGAGCCCCAUAUUCGAACCCCGUGGGACCCCGCGGCCCCCAGCCAGCGCCACCAUGCAGAACAGUCACAGCGGAGUGAAUCAGCUCGGUGGUGUCUUUGUCAACGGGCGGCCACUGCCGGACUCCACCCGGCAGAAGAUCGUAGAGCUAGCUCACAGCGGGGCCCGGCCGUGCGACAUUUCACGAAUUCUGCAGGUGUCCAACGGAUGUGUGAGUAAAAUUCUGGGCAGGUAUUACGAGACUGGCUCCAUCAGACCCAGGGCAAUCGGUGGUAGUAAGCCGAGAGUAGCGACUCCAGAAGUUGUAAGCAAAAUAGCCCAGUAUAAGCGGGAGUGCCCGUCCAUCUUUGCUUGGGAAAUCCGAGACAGAUUAUUGUCCGAGGGGGUCUGUACCAACGAUAACAUACCCAGUGUGUCAUCAAUAAACAGAGUUCUUCGCAACCUGGCUAGCGAAAAGCAACAGAUGGGCGCAGACGGCAUGUAUGAUAAACUAAGGAUGUUGAACGGGCAGACCGGAAGCUGGGGCACCCGCCCUGGUUGGUAUCCGGGGACUUCGGUGCCAGGACAACCUACCCAAGAUGGCUGCCAGCAGCAGGAAGGAGGGGGAGAGAAUACCAACUCCAUCAGUUCCAACGGAGAAGAUUCAGAUGAGGCUCAAAUGCGACUUCAGCUGAAGCGGAAGCUGCAAAGAAAUAGAACAUCCUUUACCCAAGAGCAGAUUGAGGCCCUGGAGAAAGAGUUUGAGAGAACCCAUUAUCCAGAUGUGUUUGCCCGGGAAAGACUAGCAGCCAAAAUAGAUCUACCUGAAGCAAGGAUACAGGUAUGGUUUUCUAAUCGACGGGCCAAAUGGAGAAGAGAAGAGAAACUGAGGAAUCAGAGAAGACAGGCUAGCAACACCCCUAGUCACAUCCCCAUCAGCAGUAGUUUCAGCACCAGUGUCUACCAACCCAUCCCACAGCCCAGCACGCCUGUUUCCUCCUUCACAUCUGGCUCCAUGUUGGGCCGAACAGACACCGCCCUCACAAACACAUACAGUGCUCUGCCACCCAUGCCCAGCUUCACCAUGGCCAACAACCUGCCUAUGCAACCCCCCGUCCCCAGCCAGACCUCUUCAUACUCCUGCAUGCUGCCCACCAGCCCUUCAGUGAACGGGAGGAGUUACGACACCUACACACCCCCACACAUGCAGACACACAUGAACAGUCAACCCAUGGGCACCUCAGGUGCCACCUCCACAGGACUCAUUUCCCCUGGGGUGUCAGUUCCAGUUCAAGUUCCUGGAAGUGAACCUGAUAUGUCUCAAUAUUGGCCAAGAUUACAGUAAAAAAAAAAAAAAAAAAAAAAAAAAGGAAAUUGUGUUGAUUGAGUCAGUGACUAUGUGGACACAACAGUUGGGCAUUCAGGAGAGGAAAAUGGCUGUUAGAAGCACUUCAUUCAGCAACUGUGUCCUGUACUGGACAUCUGGGGAUGGACUUGAAACACGGACCUUUGCAUACAGAAGGCACCAUAUCACUUGGAACAAAUCUUCAUUUUGGUAUCCAAACUUUUAUUCAUUUUGGUGUAUUAUUUGUAAAUGGGCAUUUGUAUGUUAUAAUGAAAAAAAGAACAACAUAGACUGGAUGGAUGUUUGAUCUCUGUUGGUCAUGAAACUGUUUAAAGAAAAAAAAAAAAGGAAACCAUGAUCAACAAGAUUUGCCACGAAUUUAAGAGUUUUAUCAAGAUAUAUCAAAUAUUUCUACCCAUCUGUUCAUAGUUUAUGGACUGAUGUUCCAAGUUUGUGUCAUUCUCCUUUGCAUAUAAUUAAACCUGGAACAACAUGCACUAGAUUUAUGUAAGAAAUAUCUGUUGGUUUUCCAAAGGUUGUUAACAGAUGAAGUUUAUGUGCAAAAAAGGGUAAGAUAUAAAUUCAAGGAAGAAAAAGUUGAUAGCUAAAAGGUAGAGUGUGUCUUCGAUAUAAUCCAAUUUGUUUUAUGUCAAAAUGUAAGUAUUUGUCUUCCCUAGAAAUCCUCAGAAUGAUUUCUAUAAUAAAGUUAAUUUCAUUUAUAUUUGACAAGAAUACUCUAUAGAUGUUUUAUACACAUUUUCAUGCAAUCAUACAUUUCUUUUUUGGUCAGAAGUUAAUUGUUCUUAGAUAUAGUUGUAUUACUGUUCACAGUCCAAUCAUUUUGUGCAUCUAGAAUUCAUUCCUAAUCAAUUAAAAGUGCUUGCAAGAGUUUUAAACUUAAGUGUUUUGAAGUUGUUCACAACUACAUAUCAAAAUUAACCAUUGUUGAUUGUAAAAACCAUGCCAAAGCCUUUGUAUUUCCUUUAUUAUACUAUUUUCUUUUUAACCUUAUAGUGUGGUGUUACAAAUUUUGUUUCCAUGUUAGAAUAACAUUCUAAACCAACAGUUGCUUUCAUACAUAUGUUGUCUUACAUCCUGAUGUUCCUUAAAGAAAAUCCUUACAGAUAUCAAACAUUGGAAAUGUAUUAGAAAAAUACUCCACUUAAAGCUGUGUGCAGUCUGUACCCAUUUAUUCCUACAACUUACAUACAAAAUGGUAACAUUUCCCAGUUAGCCAUUUAAUUCAAAAGCCCCAAGUGUAGAAAUAACUCAAAAUGCAACAAGCUAUUAACCAGGAAUUGUGUUUUGAACUAGGCUGGCAUUUUCAAUCUGGGCAGAUUUCUGUUGUCAGCCUAUUUCCCUGAAGUAUAUUCAAAAGUAGAUUUCUUAAACAAGACUCUCUGAAAGCUGUUGCCUUUCUCAGAUAGGCCGUCUCCCUUUUCUGUCUCCCUCCCCUUUGCACAAGAGGCAUCAUUUCCCAUUGAACCACUACAGCUGUUCCCAUUCGAAUCUUGCUUUCCUUGCUGUUGUGGAUGGUUGGAGGGUGGAGGGGGGGAUGUUGCAUGUCAAGGAAUAAUGAGCACAGACACAUCAACAGACAGCAACAAAGCAGACUGUGACUGGCCAGUGGGAGUUAAAGGCCUUCAGUCAUUGGCAGCUUAAGCCAAACAUUCCCAAAUCUAUGAAGCAGGGCCCAUUGUUGGUCAGUUGUUAUUUGCAAUGAAGCACAAAUCUGAUCAUGUUUAAAGUGGUGGCAAGCAGGGCAAGAGUGCUUGAGCUCAAGCACAGGAUGAAAAAAAAAUAAGCCUUUGUUGAGUUAAAAAAAAAGGCCUGAGACUCUUAUUUCUCUCUGUUCGAUGCAACAUAUAAGUCAACAUAGAUAAGUUUUUUUUCUGCAAACUUCAGUAAAAAGAGUGGGGCUUCUGGCCAUCUGGAUUAAAAUGCUUGCACAUGGCAGAAACCUCUGGGGAGAAAAGAUGUACUUCCACUGAAUUGCACUCUUUAUUUUUCAAAAUCCCUAAAGGCAAAUGAUCAGAAAAACAGAAAUUGGAGGAUUUAAAC